CAUUUUUGUCCCAGUCUCUCUCUCUCCCUUCGCCGGACUCCGUCGCUUCCUAUAUUCCAGACUUUUGUAGAGUAAGAGAGAGACAAAGAUGGUGAUUCCACCUGCAGUGAGACCACCACGUCUCUUCGACUACCUCAAACCUUACGUCCUGAAGCUGCACUUCACCAACAAGUUUGUUCACGCACAAGUCAUCCACUCACCAACAGCCACAGUGGCUUGCGCUGCGAGCUCACAGGAGAAGGCAUUGAGGGAAACAAUGGAGGUCACACGCGACGUGGAUGCUGCUUCAAAGAUUGGUAAAAUCCUUGGGGAAAGACUCUUGAUGAAAGAGAUUCCAGCUGUUGCUAUUCACAUGAAGAAAGAGCAGAGGUAUCAUGGUAAAGUCAAGGCUGUGAUUGAUUCUGUCAGGGAAUCUGGUGUCAAGUUACUUUGAGGAUGGAUUGUUCAACAAUAAUUCAUGAACACAAAUCAAUUUCCCUCCAUGUUGUUAUUUCUGAACAUUGCUUUUGCUCAUGUUAUAAACUUCUAAGCUUUAGACUAUUGAAAUAAUGAGACUAUAUACAGAGUAAUAAAGAAAGUGUUU